AUGUCUGUAAGAAGAGCAAAGACAAAGGCGGUCAUAUUGUUCUUGCUUCUCUCAGACGCUGCCUGUGCAGCCUCAAGUGGCCCACGAUUUCCUCAGUGUAAGGCUGCUGAAUGGCAGGAGUGUGUGUCUUCUUUUACGUACAUGACGUUUCACACUGCUGGCACAAAUGCAUGUGUCAUGUGUGAAGUCCUGAGUGGGAGUACUAGUGUUGCCACUUCAAGUCCUUUCCGUUUUCUUGCUAGGGGGGCAAAUGGUGUGGCAAUAAGAGGAUACCCAUUCCAUGUCCUGUCGGCCUUGACACUGGCACCACUCAAGAAGGCGAAGGUCUACACUUUGGCUUUGAUAGAUGCAAAGAUCGCUGAUGUGAAGAACAACACAUUUGCUGGGUUUACUGGCCUGAUGAAAUUGUCCCUAAAUUCUAACAGGUUGACCCAUGUCAAGCAGGCUUGGUUCACUGGCUUGGAGAAGCUCUCUCUGCUGAUGUUGUCCAACAAUAACAUCAGGCAAAUAGAGGCAGGAAGCUUCAGGCGCCUGACUCGACUACAUCUGUUGGAUAUGCAUAACAACCUGUUAAAGGUUGUAGAUCCUUCUUGGCUCUUUGGACUGGAAGGAAUGAGGUACCUGGAUCUGAGGUCGAAUGCUAUCAAUAGCGUUUCCCCGGGGUCGUUCCAACAGCUACAGCUGGCCCGGUUAGACCUGAGGGAUAAUGAUCUGUCAUGUUUGGAUGGAGAGGUGUUGUGGGGACAGACUAUGCUCUCACAGCUCUAUGUCAGCAGUGGUAUGUUGUCGUCUGUCCAUGGUGCAACGCCACACGGAAUGACAUGGGGUCUACAUCGGUUAGCCAGUUUGAAGAGAGGGUCAGUUACAAUGACCGUUGCGGUACCCAAGUUCCAUUUCUGUGUCAGGCAAAAUCCUUACUCCGAACUCUCGUUUGGGUGGAUGUUUGUUUCAUCCGACAACGUGACUGGUAACACCGAGUUUGGAGCGCUCAUCCCCGGCAGAUCAUGCGGUGAUUUGGAUAGCUCUCUGAGCACGAUCUCCAUCCAGCCCCCUGUAGUUGUCCUGGCUACCGACGUCUCUCUGACAGACACACUGGACAUCAAGACACUCGAGCAGUGCAGGCAGGUUUGGGAAUAUGACGGAGGCAUUGCAGUUUCCCUGGUGCAAAACUCAAUCUUUCGGUUGGUUUCCAUGGCCACAGAGAGUACAGUCUCUGAAGGUGUUGCCAUGUCUUUUGUCCAGACACAAGACACGAGCUCACUCACCACCAUAGAGUCUGGCAGUAGCCAACAACACACUACUCACACAGACAUCGCCCAUGACAAGACAAAGAACGUCACUUGUAUUCUUCUCACCAGAGGAGAACACACAGAGGGUUUCUUCACCGUCCCCUUAGUUCAGCGUAACACCCACACAACAGAAACGUUGGUCCUGCUUGGCACCUACACAACAGAGAUAACAUACAGAACGGGUACUGACCAUUCCAGCAGUCCGUCACACUACUUUGAAAGUACAGAGAAAGACAACACAACUUCAGACCAGUCUACACACGGGGUGAGUCCCACACCUGGACCAGAUCUAGAGGUGGUUCAGACACCAGGCCAUGUUCUCAUCCCAGUUGUUGUCUCGGUAGUGGCUGUUCUGGUCCUGUCGUCCCUUGCAGUGUUGCUGUGGAAGGUGCGCACAGCGAAGUUGAACGCUGAGGAUGACAGGGACAGCGACGAUGCACACGUUUGGACCAUCCCGCCUGGCGUUACCUUCCCCGGCUUGCUGAGGUCCGCUUCCCUCCCUACUGCAUGUUCAGGCAAGAUGGCGUCAGAUGACGCAGUCUCCUGUAGGUCAUUGCCCGCUGUCCUGCAUUCCAUUGAACCUACUUACAGCGUGAUCCCAGAUAACGUAGCGUCUGCUCAGAGGCCUUUGCCCGGUCUCCCACACGUGUACUCCGAGAUCCCAGAUGACGUGAUCUCCGGUGUGGUCCUGCCGGCAUCCCUCCCCGCGUGUACUCGCGGGGGCGGUCCAGAAAAGGCGGCAUCCUGUAGGUCAUUGCCGGCUGACCUACCGUCUAUAGAACCCACCUACAGCCAGAUCCCAGAUGACGAAGACAGCGGACCGAUGUCUUUCUAUGCUGAUGCUGGAGAGAUCUCGCUUCAUGUCACCGACGGCCAGCGAAAUCCCUUCUACAGAAACACCGCCGAGGUUGAAGGUAUAAGGUCCCGGCGACAGCAGAGGACAGCUUUGGUAUCUCAGCCUGCCGAAGGUGUCAGGAGGUACGUCAACGUCACAGAUGCAAUCCUGUCUAGAGAUGAAGACGUCACAAGAGCUCAUAUCGCUUUUCUGACACAGCCUACAUGUAACACAUAUUGGUCAUGGGAGAUCCAAGGAGAAGGAAACCUUGUCACACCACGGCGUGUGUCCCUCCCCACUGUCACACUACCUAACACCUACUGGCCAUGGGAGCUUCCGGGGGAGGGAGCCAGUUUCACACGACGACGUGUGUCCCUCCCCACCGUCACACUGCCUAACACCUACUGGCCUUGGGAGCUCCCAGGGGAGGGUACACAAAACACAGCACAGCGUUCGUACAUAAACCUCACACUACCUAACACCUACUGGCCAUGGGAGCUCCCAGGUGAUGGAACCAGUUUCACACGGCGACCUGUGUCCCUCCCCACCGUCACACUACCUAACACCUACUGGCCUUGGGAGCUUCCAGGGGAGGGAACCCACACAUCACAGCGUUCGUCCAUUUACCUCACACUGCCUACUAACACCUACUGGCCUUGGGAGAUCCCAGGGAGGGAACUAACUUCACUUAACCACUAA